CGAAGUGCAGUUCAGACAUGUUCAGACAUGUACACACAUGUACGCGCACACUCAAACUACAGUGUCACGCGAUAAUGCGUCAGUUUUAAAUGACUCAGUUUCACUUCAGUUUUCACUUGGACAGGCUUUAACUUUACAGUCGACAUGAGGAAGCAGCUCUCAGCAGCAGACCAGAACCAGAACCAGAACCCCGUCAUCCCAAAGGUCCGAUACCACCCGAGCAUCCAGACCCCCCACACACCCAGACCCAGAGAGACCCAGAGGCCCGGACCGGCCACCGUGGGCCCCCCAAAGACUGGACCCACCGUGGGCCCCACUCAGACUGGAACCAGAGUGCGCCCCCCUAAGACUGGACCCAGCGUGGGACCCCCUAAGACUGGAACCAGAGUGGGACCCCCUAAGCCUGGGCCUGGACCGGCUCGGGUGGAUCCAGCCCGCCCUGACGGAGAUGCCGAUGCGGGCCCAGACCGGGCCUCCCUGAGCCCGGACCAGGUUCCUCUGGGUCUGGGUCUGCAGGUGGACCACCAGGUGGUGCAGCAGGUGGAGAUUCUUACCCGCGGACAGAGCAGCAACCAGGACUGGUUCACCUGGAGGAAGAACCGCAUCACGGCCUCAGUGGCUCACCGCAUCGCUCACUGCCGCUUCGUCAACGGCAAGAGCAAGGCCCCGCCCCCUUCCUACCUGGCUGCUGUCACAGGUGAGGGGCGGCACAUCCAGACCAGAGCCAUGUCCUGGGGGGUCAACAUGGAGGCCAAGGCGGUCCGCAGGUAUCAGGAGAUGAAGAGCGUGGCGCUGGGCCGGUCCGUCACCGUGCAGUCCUGCGGUUUGUUCCUGGACGAGCGGCGCCCCUGGUUGGCUGGGAGUCCCGACGGCAUCGUGACGGACAGCCACACCGGCCAAUGGCUGCUCUGCCUGGAGGUCAAGUGUCCGUACAAACACCGGCAGCGUACGGUGGAGGAGGCCUGCAGGCAGGACCCGGCCUUCUGUCUGGAGAUCACCCACCAUACGCCCCCGGCGGCGUCCCCCCCGGCGUACCGUCUGAAGACGUCCCACAGCUACUACACCCAGAUCCAGGUGCAGCUGGCGGUGACGGGGCUGCGUGACGCUGACCUCGCCGUGUUCACGCUGAAGGAGCUCGCCAUCGUCCCCGUGACCUUUGACCCCGCCCUGUGGGACGCCACGCUGUCCAAGCUGGAGACGUUCUACAGAGACGCCGUGCUGCCCCACCUGAGACAGGACUCGCAGCAGCAGGCGCCAGAGCUGUAGAGACAUUACCCACAAUGCAGCUGGGUGUAGAUACAGGCGUGUCAGAGAUAUAGAUCAGAGUGGAAGGGUUAGGGGUCCUUCCUCUAGAAAAUUUUACGUUCUAUAUUUUUUUAAACACACAGAGACGCACACACACACACACACACACACACA